AUGUGUGAGCUCCUGAGGGUGAAUAGGGGGAAAUUGGAACAUGAAGGUGUGGCCCCCUCAGGACAGUAUAGCUCCUUUGUGUUAAGUAUAAAGGCUGCUCAGAAGGCAGUGGAUGCCCACAAUGGUGUCUUUUUGCAGGUGGAAGGGGUAAAUAAACUAUAUGAUCUUCUGGAGUUGCACUGGUCUUGUCCCUCACCCCCAGGACAAGAUUGUGCAAAAAAAAUCGGUUUCACACAGAGUGUAGUAGACAGGAUAAGGAUGCUGCAGAAAGAAGCUAAGGUUAGACAGGGGAAAGGAAAAGCUGUAAUUUGUGCAGUACUGGGAGCAAGUCUGGCAGCGGUGGUGGAAGAUAAGAAACAGAGGCUUUGUCAAGCCGAUGCCGUAAUACACUCACUGCAGAUGGUCAUAAAGUCACUGCAGGAACAGUUGAAGGAAAAUAAGAAAUUGUUGGAGGAGGAGAGAAAUCAAAAUUCCAUAUUGAAGGAAGAGUUGAGGAAUCUACUCUUGAGGGAAAUGGAUACACUGGUGGAGGUAGAGGUGAAGCUUUUGGAGAAGGGGAUACAGCAAGUUUACCCUCAGGGAGACUUGCUGAAGGCAAGGGAGACCAUAGAAAGCAUCCCCCACAUGUAUCCACUGGUUAAAACAGAGUAUUUGUAUGAGGACAAUAACUAUGACCAUGCUCAAGUUCUCACCAAAGAAGUCCCAUUUACAGCAACUGAACUAGCAAAGUUGAGAAAAGACUUUGCAAGAACUCUGAAGGAAUCGGAGACAGAGUAUGUGUGGAGAGUGUCCCUGUCAGGGGAGGACAGAAUUUUGUUGUCAGAGAAAGAAGCAGAAAUAUACUGGGGUCUGGGUGUGUUCCUAACUACAGGUAAUAGCCAAGCCCCAUGGUCAUUAACCCAGAGGGCUGCAUAUUGGGCUGGGGGGCUGAACCCUUUGUAGGGGGGAGAUCCCCUUGCUAUAACAGAUAAGGUGGAUCAGUUAGUGGAAAGUGUGCAGAAAGUGGCCUGUCUCCAAAUGAUGGAUGACCAGGAGCUCAAGUUUAACCAGAGUUCCCUGAUGAUGAUGCCUUUGGACCCAGAGAGGAUGACUCCCCUGAUCUGGGGACUCCCCGAUCCCCUGAAACCCAUUGGGAUCCAAUUACAGGGGAAAAUUCAAAAUACUUCCAAAGGAGAAAGAACUACGGCCACUCCAGAAGGGAUAAUAACCCCUGACCAUUGGUGGUUGGGAAGGAAAGUGUGGACAUGGGGGGAGGUAGCACAGGAGUUAGUUAAUUUUGGGAGAAGAUACGGCCCUGUUGGUGGAUCAUUCCACAGAAAUGAAACUAGGGUUCAGUCUGCAGAGCAAGUUAACAAUCCGCAGCUGUCGAUUGGGAAAGGCCAAGAUUUGAAGCCACUCCACGGCAAUUACCUGUGGAGAGAGAGACCCCUAAGUCGACAGAGGUUAUGGCAUCUAGGGCUUCAGAAUGGCAUCCCCCGAGAUCUGAUGGAUGGACUCCUGGCCCAAAAACUGGAAAAGCUUGUACAGAAAUGGUCAGGGAGGAAAGCAACUGCUGGACCGGUUCUCGAUGCUCUACCCCUGAUAGCCAUUGAGGGGGGGCUAGAAAAGGUGGGUAACUGGAACCUCCAUUCCCUGAAGGUUAAGGGGGGGAACGGAGGAUGGAUGUUUUUAAGACAACUCACCUUGAAUGUAAGGGGAGAUUUAUUAAUGACAGUUGCUGUAGGACCAAGGAAAAGACCGGUAAUUUUUCUAAUUGAUACUGGGGCACAAAUCACUGCAUUGAUGUGGACCGAAGCAGAACAGUGUGGGAUCUCGAUGCCAUCUAGAAACCUAAUUGUCUUAAAUGCUCUGGGAAAAACAGUCGAUGCCUAUGACUUCAGUGACACUAUGGUUACCAGGAGAUGA